AUGCAACGUCGUUCUGUUCAACGUGUCGAUCCACAUUAUAAACAAAAACGUACACUAAAUAAUAUUAGUGUUCAAAAAUCACGUGAAAAAUCUCGUCGUGAAUGUAAAGAAACAAUGAAAUCAAUAGAACAAUUAGAACAAGAUAAUGAACACUUACUAAAAAAUUUACAAACAUUAAAACAAGAAUAUGAAGAAUUACGAAAUUUAUUUCAACAACAUACUGGUAUCGAUAUUGAUCAAAUGGCAUCAUCCACCAUAACAAACACAACAUCGGAAUUAUCAACAUCAUCAAAAGAAGAAUCCAAAGAAAGUUCAUCAAAACCAAUAUUAACAAUAAAUACAACUGAGGAUCAAUCAUCAUCAAGUAAUCCACUAGAUGCAAAUAAUCUGGAUGGAUCUGUUGUACUUAUCAAUGGAGUUCAAUAUAAAAUUGUGAGCAUUAAUAAAAAUUAA